UUUCAGAGCAAUCUAAGCAAAUAGUUUUUGGCACUCCAAAAGUUUCAGAACAAUUCAAGCAAUCAAUCUCUGGUCCUCCAAAUGUUUCAAAACAAUUCAAGAAAUCGGUCUCUGGUCCUCCAAAAGUUAGACCACCUUUUAAUAUAGAACCAUUUGAAAGAACUUUACCUCCUCCUCCUAAAGUGGUUAUACCUCAUCCUCCUUCUAACUUCUCUGUUCAAGAUGAAC